AAGGGCGGGGGCCGCUCCCGGAGCGCUCAGCCGCGGGCGGCGGGCGGCAGCGGCGGCGGCUCGGAGGAGGAGGAGCAGCGGGACGGCGGGGUGCUGUUCCUCGUCAACAAGAGCGGCUUCCCGCUGGACGGGCAGACCUGGGAGCGGAUGUGGGGGCACGUGGAGCGGGUGCACCCCGACGGCAGCGCCGUGGCCGCCGCCAUCCGCAGCGCCUCCUGCCUGGCCCGGCCCUCGGUUCCACCAGUGCCCAAUUACAAGCUCUCCAUGUCCAUCCCAGAAUGGCUGCAGGCAAUACAGACCUACAUGAAGAUGCUGCAAUACAAUCACACGGGAACUCAGUUCUUCGAGAUCAGAAAAUCCAGACCUCUAAGUGGGUUGAUGGAAACAGCAAGAGAAAUGACCAGGGAAUCCUUACCUAUCAAAUGCCUUGAAGCAGUCAUCCUGGGGAUAUACCUAACAAAUGGGCAGCCCUCUGUGGAACGAUUCCCCAUCAGCUUUAAAACCCACUUCUCAGGGAACUAUUUUCAUCAUGUGGUGCUUGGGAUUUACUGCAAUGGCCGGUAUGGAUCACUGGGCAUGAGCAGGCGCUCGGAUCUAAUGGACAAACCUCUGACUUACCGAACUCUGAGCGAUCUCAUCUUUGAAUUUGAAGACUCCUAUAAAAAAUAUUUGCAUUCAGUCAAAAAAGUCAAAAUUGGAUUAUAUGUUCCACAUGAGCCACACAGUUUUCAGCCCAUUGAGUGGAAACAGCUGGUCCUCAACGUAUCCAAAAUGAUGCGCACAGAAGUCAGGAAGGAGCUGGAGAAGUUUGCCAGGGAUAUGAGGAUGAAGAUUCUGAAGCCCUCAAGUGCCCAUUCUCCCAUGAAGGAGAGGUCGCGGGGUAAGUCGCUGUCCCCUCGCCGAAGGCAGGCCAGCCCUCCGAGACGGCCGUUCAGAAGAGACAAAUCGCCUGCAGUGGUGGACAAGAAGGGAGACCUGGCUACGCUCAACGAGGUGGGCUACCAGCUCCGCAUCUAACAAAGCCAUAGGCUGGACAGAGGGCUUCCUGGGUGCUUCCCACUGCACUUUACCCUCACUCCAUUGGAAGGAAAAAGGAAUGGGACUAUUUAUUAACUUGUGGACACUUAUAGUAAAGGUUUUAUCUA